AUGGCGAAGGUUGCAAUCCUCGUCGCAAAAGACAUCACUGUUAUUGAGCACUCGUUGUCAGAACCGGAGGUUGAGCACUUAACCAUAGAGAUCGUGCCCAACAAACGGGGCCGAAAGAGCACGUUCGUGGUUAACACGUACAAGCCACCAAGGCCGGCGAAGGCCGAUUUCACCAACCUCCUUUCCGAAUCCAGUCGACUGGCGCAAGCAAACCAGCUUAUUGUAGUCGGGUACUUCAAUUCCCCUCACCGGGACUGGGGGUAUCAGUCAAACUCAGCAAGAGGAGUGACAGUCGCGCGAGCAAUAGAAGCCCUACGAAUGGAACUCCUUACCGACCCUCUAUAUCCGAGCAGGGAAGGCAACAGUGUCACCCGUGACUCCUGCCCCGACCUCACCCUGAUCAAGAACGUCACCGAGUCCACGUGGACGAACCUAGGAGAAACCCUGGGCAGCGACCACUGUAUACUCAGCACGUCCACAUCAUCUAGCAAAAUUAGAAGACAUCUGGGUGCCGCCCAUAUCACUGACUGGCCCAAAUUCCGCAAUGCACCCGUCCCGUCAGGUCCAAUCCAGUCGAUACACGUCUGGAGCGAGGACAUCAGACAGGCAUACAAGACAGCCACAGAAACAAUACACCGUACACCUGAAGCCCCAGAGGUAGACCGCCACCUUCUCAAGCUAUGGGAAAAGCGCAGCCGGCUCGUGGGAAGAUGGAAAAGGCAACGGCUAAACAGAUCCCUCCGCCUGCGGAUUGCACACCUCACAGAGGGCGCUCAGACAUACGCCACCAACCUAGCACAGCAAAACUGGCAACAGUUUUGUGAGUCACUGCGGGGAACACUGGGAACCUCCCGUACGUGGGCAAUCCUGCAGAACCUCAUCGACCCCUCUAAAUCAAAAUCUGAAUCUACACGCAUCAUGAAGCGUAUUGCUCACCUCUCUCCGGGAGACAACGUAGCCCUACUUCUGGCUCUAAGGGACAAAUACAUCGGUACCAGCACCACGCCACCCUACUCUGCGACCUAUCAGGGUGAGGAAAAUCCGGCACUCGACGCUCCCAUCUCCGAAGCCGAGGUGUACGCCGCAGUACGAUUGUGCACCCGAAAUACUACGGCUGGAGCGGACAAAAUUAACAACGCCUUGAUCCGCAACCUGAGCAAGGCACAGAUCAGGGACCUCACCAAGUACCUGAACGACUCGCUCUGGGAGAAGAAUGAAAUUCCCUCCGAGUGGAAACACUCGGAUAUCAUAGUAAUCCCGAAACCGGGCAAGAAGCCGGCAGUGGAAGCUCUACGACCUAUAUCUCUCACAUCGUGCCUGGGCAAGCUCUACGAGCGAGUCGUCCAGACGCGCCUUGAACACUACAUAGAAGAUAACGAUCUUUUUCAUCCAUCCAUGAUUGGCUUCCGGUCUGGCCUGUCGACACAAGACGCCUUCCUUCUCCUGAAGGAGGAAGUACUGUCUAACAUCCCGAGGGGUGGCGAACACCUCAUUAUGGAGCUGGAUCUCAAAAGCGCGUUUGAUAGCGUGUCUCACGAGGCAAUACUCUCCGAGCUCAGCAAUCUCAGCUAUGGCGAGCGCACCUUCCAAUAUGUCAAGACUUUUCUGUCCAACCGAACGGCAACAAUAGGAAUGGGUUCCGAACAUCGGUACACCCUGUAUGCGGACGACAUUGAGAUCUGGACAAACACCGGAUCUCUAGCCGAGAAGGAAGACACACUCCAAGCGGCAGCAAUCUGUGUCGAAACAGAGGCCAUUCGAUGCGGACUCCACUGCUCCCCCGACAAAUCCGAAGUGAUCCGCAUACAGGGACACCACUACAAAUCGCCAGGCAACCUAAACAUCCUCCUACAUGGGGUCCCAAUCCGGGAGGUACCACUCAUCCGGAUCCUGGGCCUCUGGCUGCAGAGCGACGGAAAGGCCAACCACACACUCCAACUGCUCAAGACUACAACACAGCAGAUCUCUAAGAUGAUCCGCCGGGUGGCCAGAAACAGAAAAGGCAUGCGGGAGGACACGAUCCGUUUGGUGCAGGCACUGGUCAUCAGCCGCCUUUCCUACGGGCUCCCUUACCUCACCCUGCUCCGAGCAGACUUCAACAAAGCCAAUGCGAUGAUACGCGUAGCCUACAAGAACGCCCUCGCGACAGGCCGACACAUCCUAAAGCGCAUCGGCUACCCGGCGGACCUUGACGCCAUCCAGUCGACCACAAACAUUCCGACAUCGUACCGGGCCAGAGUACACGUGGCCCCGCUCCCAAAAAACAUGUCACAAUCCCACAACGAAGGCAGAAGAAAUGCCCGAGUGGACUACCUCAAACGCACAGUGGGACGGAGCCCGAGGACGGUGUACGUGGACGCCGCCCUAUAUAAGGAUACAUCGAACGCAGCAGCAGCCGUGGUGGUGGACUCUUCUUACGAAGAAGUCUCCAGCAUCCCCAUCCCGCACUGCACCGUCACAGAGGCGGAAGCUGCGGCGAUCAUGCUGGCCGUUCAGUACGGGGACGCGACCAACCGAGAACUUCAACUAAUAACCGACUCCCAAGCGGCGUGUCGGCUCCUUCUUGCAGGCAGAAUACCUCAGAAAUUAGCUAGAUUCACGACUAAUUCAUUGGCUACAAAUUCAUCGCUCAAACAUCAGAUCACGUGGGCUCCGGGACACUCGGGGCUGGAGGGUAACGAGGCCGUGGACAGGCUAGGGACACAAUCCUCGAUCCCACUACUACCCUCCCCGUACCCGCAGCUUACGGCGCGCGACUUCAACACCUGCGCAAACAACGUCAGCUUUGCCCCCCACCACACAAGGGGCUAA